GAGAUGGCCCUGGGAUGGAACAUGUAGGGGGCAGAGCAGGGGGAAGCAGUGGUGCAGGAGCCCUGAUUGCAAUGUAGGGGGUACGUGGGGAUAGGGAGGAGUGAAAAGGCAGAUAGAAAGGGGGCAAGUUGUGGGGAUGGGUUGUGGAGCCACGGUGGGAGGGAGGCGGUGUAGUGACAUGGAGCUGUUGGAGAGCAAGGGUGAGGGCAGAGAGUCACAGGGGAGUGGUGAUGGUGAGGGCACAUGGACCUGGUGCGGGCACGUGGGACAGUGGAGGAGUGGUGCUGAGGGGACAUGGGGCCAUGUGGGGUUGGGGGCAGGGGAGUGAGGACACACAGAGCCGCGUGGCACAGAGCUCCUUGUACUACUCUCUAAUCCCUACUAAUUGGCUUUGCCCCCUGGCCAUCUCCCCUCCUGUUGGUGGGGGUGGGGGGUGGAGGGAGUUAAGAGGAUUUUCUUGACUCCUUCUUAAGGUGCUGCUGUCCCAUGCCCUUGCUCUCUGCCUGUUCCAGAGGUGCCCGGCUGCCUGUCCACUGCGCCCCGGUGUCCAGCCUCAUGCCACGCAAGCAGCCAAGCAAGGCUGAAAAGGACACACACAAAGAGGCUGAGAUCCUGGGCAAGGGCAAGGUGGGAGAAGUGGGGGAGAAGCCCCCCAAGGACAAGGAGGAGCCCAAAGCCAGCAAGAGCCCUGGCUCAGAGACCCGCUCCAACGCGCACACUGGCCACAUGCACAAGAGCAGCAAGAAGGGCCACAGCGACCCCAACGCUGCUGCCAUCAAGGUCUACUCGCCUUUCCUCAACACCGUCUUUGGCAAGGAGAGGGAGCUUUCCCCGGAGGAGAUAGAUGAGCUGCUAGAUGCCUUCAAGGAGUUUGAUACAGACCAGGAUGGCUACAUCAGCUACAAGGACCUGGGCCCUUGCAUGCGGACAAUGGGCUAUAUGCCUACCGAGAUGGAGCUCAUCGAGAUCUCUCAGCACAUCAAGAUGAGGAGUAAGCUUGGCCUGCCUUCUGUACCCUCCUUCCACACUGCCCACUCCAUGGGUCCCUUCCCCAGACAAACCCCUCCUCCCAUGCUGUCCUUGCUUGGGUCUCUGCCCCAGACAGACCCCUCCUUCAUGCUGCCCUGCUGUGGAUUGCCUCUGCAAAACAUGCAAGCGUCUCUAAUUGCUUGUGUGCCCUGUGCAGUGGGUGGCCGCGUGGACUUUGAGGACUUUGUGGACAUGAUGGGGCCAAAGCUAAGGGAGGAGACGGCCCACAUGGUGGGUGUCCGGGAGCUGAAGAUUGCCUUCCGUGAGGUAUUGGUUAGGGGGGAUGCUAGGGCUUGGCAUGGGGCGUGGGGUGGGGACCAAGGUAUAGGGGAGGGGGGUGUGAGUGUCUUCGGCAUGGGCAUAGGGGGCAGAGGUCCCAGUUUAGCCACCCUGAGCUCAGCCUCCUGCUCUCUGCCCUCCACACAGUUUGACAUGGAUGGAGAUGGGGAGAUUAGCAGCAUGGAGCUGAAGGACGCCAUCUCCGCCCUCCUUGGGGAGCAACUCAAGAUCCAGGAGGUGGAGGAGAUCCUGCAGGAUGUGGACCUCAAUGGGGAUGGCCAUGUUGACUUUGAUGGUGAGGCUGUGGCCCCCUGGGCCCAAGAAUCCCCACCCUAGUCCCCAGGGAGCAGCCCCUCCCUCAGCCCUGAUCCCCAGGUCAACCUCCUGCCCUUGCCUGGAUCUUACAGUAGUCUGAUCCUUGCACUAGCUAAUGCUAUACUAACUGCAGAGACCCCAGCCCAAGAGCCCUCUAGCCCUAGACCUCCAGACAGAGGUGUAACAGGAGAGCUCUCCAUGCUGGGAAGUGGUGACAAUUUUCACCACUCCUUAAUCAGUGCCCGGGACUCCUGUCCAGGUUAGCCCCCGUGCCCCCUAGGCUUGGGGAGCCCUGAGGGGCAGGUUGGAGGGGUGGGGAGGACAACCAGUGCUAGAACAGGUAGGCGGAGGAAGAUGGAAAGGGGUUGUGCGGACUCAUGUGGGGCUGGAGGGGUAUGGUCCAUGUUGGACGAUGGAGGAAAACUUAUGACCCAUGGCCUGUGGCUGCCCUGGGCUCUUGUUCCACUUCCCAUGGCCCCAUAGCCCCAAGCUCCCCAGCUGGAGCCCAGUCACAUGGCUCAGUUAUCAUUCCUAUGGUCAUGGGAAAAUAGGGCUGAAAGGGACCUCACAAGGGCAUCUAGUCCAGCCCCCCUGCUCAAGGAAAGAGCAUCCCGGACAACCGUCCCAGCCAAGUGUCUGUCCCAGUCAUGAACCUAGGUGACAGGGGCAGGGGGCAGGCACUAACUGAAAUAGCCAGGCUAUGAGUGAUGGGCUUUGGCUAGUGGGAUGGUGAGGAGGGGUCUCUGGAGCCACAGAGUGUAGAUACCCAGGCAUUUUGCAUGCACCCUUGGCUGCAGGGAUGGCAUUGGCUUGCUGUGGGUUGGGGGAGGGGAAGGGAAGGGUGGGGGAUCCUGUGCCACAAGUCAGAGUGGGCAGGGGCCAGUGUGCACUCACUCCUACUCUCCACUUGUCUCCUCCCCUCCCCCCACAGAGUUCGUGAUGAUGCUGUCCUCCCGAUAACAAUGACUUGGGGGGGGGGGGGGGCUGGUUGACCUGCCCCCCCUCCUCCCCCCCGCUGUCUCCAUGUUGCCUCAGAGGGACCCAAUGGGCUUGACAUGGAUCUGCUGACCCGUUGUGGUCCUGACCCCCAGCAGCACUAGUCCUGGCCAGCAGCAAGAUUGCUUGAGAUCCCUCAUUCCUCAUGGGCCUCACUAACGGGACCCCCAACCUGUUCAGCCCUGGGACCAUGUCCUUUUUUUGGUCCCUUCUUCUUGCUGCCCAGAGGGCGGGGCUUGAAGCUAGAGGGUGGGGCCUAGACUGGCUUGCCUGAUUGUGGUCCUGCUCAGGGGUCAAGAGGUUGGCAGGACACUGAGUUGUGUGCUUUCUGUGCCAGACCCUAGGCUCUGCUCCCCCACCCCUGGGAGGGAUCCCAGGGAGCUCAGAUCAAGAGAGAGGGUUCCUUCCCUAUAAAACAUUGUCCCCCCACAGUCCUAAGUGGAGGGCAGUCCCCUCCCACAAGCCCACCCCAUCUCCAGCUUAGUACCCUGUGUUUUGGGGCUGCCCCACAUCAGCAGGGAGAUUGGAAGGGAAUGGAAGGGAGGCAUCACCCAAAACCUGUCCCCAUAUGAGGUCUGCCCACAAUCUUGAGUUUGCUGGAUGAUUAAUGGCCAGCAACGAGAGAGUUAAUAGCAUCAGCAUUCUCAUUUGCCAUCACUAGGGUUCAGAGUCAACACCUCAUUCAGGUGGAGAGGGGCAGUUCUCUGGACCUGGGUCUGAAUCCAAGCUAAGGGGCUUGACUUACGGGCUCUGCCCCACCCACAUGAGUGGAAGUAUCUGUGCCAUGUGUCUUUAAAUCACUAGCUGGAAGCCAGGCAGGGACUGCUCCAAGCAGAAGUCCUAUGCUGAGUCAGAGAGAAGGACAGAACUGUGCCAGGGCUUAUGCUGUUACUUGGUACCUAGAGCAGUUGGCCCAGCCUGGCCCUGGCCUAGUCAUGUACUGUGUAGUUUCUACUGCAAGUGAAAUAAUAAUAAAGCUUCUUGUUCAGCAUCAAAAGAAAGUUCCCUUUCAUUCUCUGUAAGCUCUUCUCACUGGCAGGGCAGGGGCAGGGGCAGGGGCAGGGGCAGGACUCAGAGUGACUUGGAAUGAAUUGUCAUAAGAGGAAAAGGAGGCUGAAAAUCAGCUCUGGCUGAGGUGCUGAGAGGAAAGCUGAGACCCUGCACAGCCUGGCAGGGAGUGCCUUGGUGCAUGCUGCAGAGAGCCAGGCUGGGAUGAUGAAGCCAAUCUUCAUGGUGGUGGGGAAGGAGGGUGGGGGGAACUACAGGGAGAGGCAGCAGUGCUCUCCAUGGAAUUCUGCCUGAGGGAAGGGCUGCACCCCUACUGCCUCUUCCUCCCUGCUAGGUGAUCUGGUCCCUGGAGAGCCUGGGUUUGAGUACAAGCACUGUCCCUGAUGUCCUGCUCAGCCUUGGUCUACUCUGCAUCUCCAUCCCCUCUCAGCCAUAUGGGACAGGCCACUCUAAGGGGGUGAAGGGUUGCAGUAUUAGAUCAAUUAGUUGUAUGUGGCCAGGGCUGGAGUUUACCAGAGGCGGUGGGGGCUGGACAGUGGCAGGAGCCAUCUCAGGGCAGGAGCAAGGUGACUUGAACAUCCACUCAGAAGUCCUGCGCCUCAGAGCUUGUCCAGGUUUGAGAGCUUUCAGAGGAGAUGUAGUGUCAGGUCAGUGGGUGUUGUCCAGCUGGACAGGAAGACACAGGUAAAGGAAAUGCUUCCCAUGGGGAAAGAGAUGUGCCCAAGAGCAUGGAGAUCCACUGCAGGGAUGUGGAGGCAGUGGAUGGCAGCAUCUUCCCACUCUGCUACCCAUGCCCAUAUCCCAUUGGCCAUAGCACCAACCAAGAGCAGCACCUCAGACCCAUGCAAGAAGCACAUUCCCAUACAGCUCCUGUCCCUGCCUGCUGGCUCUUUGGCUAAUGGAGUCUGCAACUACAGAAGCCUCACUAGGGUUGGGCCUAGGGCUCUGUGGUUGCACUGCAGGCCUUGGGGGAUAGGGAGUUCCUUACACAGGAGUGCAGACCCAUGCUUGGGGACUGAAUGAGGUUGAGGACUGUUGUUCUGGGCACUGCACAAAUGCACGCUGAGAAGCAACCCCUUAAAGCAUUUACAGUCUAACUAGUUUCAUAGUUUCAUAGUUUCAUAGUAGCUAGGGUCAGAAGGGACCUGAACAGAUCAUCUAGCCUGACCCCCUGCCACAGGCAGGAAUGAAUGCUGGAUUCACAAGACCCCAGACAGGUGAUCGUCCAACCUCCUCUUCAAUUUGCCCAAGGUAGGGGCGAGGACCACUUCCCUGGGAAGUUGGUUCCAGAUUUUGGCAACCCUAACUGUAAAAUAUUCCCUUCUGAUCUCUAACCUAAACCUGUUCUCCAUCAGCUUAUGACCAUUGUUCCUCAUCACCCCAGGUGGUGCUGGGGAGAAAAGGGCUCUGCCUAUUUGCUGUCAAUCUUC